GCUUGCCAAACAAAUACCAACAUACUUUGCAGAAAGAAAGAAACAGAAACAAAUCAAAGAAUAAAGAAGAGAGAGAGAGAGAGAGAGAGAGCGUUAAUUUGGUGAUUAAGUGAGUGGUGGUUCCUAAAUCUCCUCCUAAUAUCUCUGUUUCUAAACACGGCAAGAGCAGGACCGUUCAUCAAAGUCCCACAUGAAAAUUAAAGCAAAAAAGAAGAAGAAAAUAAACGAUUACUAGCUUAAACGCCAACAAAAACCCCACCCGUCUCUCAACAGACAAACGUCACCAUCCUCUCCACCUUCACCCAAAUCGUAUUCACAAAUAAUAAAUCACCCCCCCACCCCCCCCAAAAAAAAAGUUUAAAUAUUUUUAUUUGUUCAAUAAAUAAAAACUUGAUUAUUUCUUCACAGAAUCACAUUCGUUGAAUAAAGAAAAGCGAAAACGCAUAAAAAGAAGGGGAAGGAGGAGGAGAGAGAAACGAAGCUAGGAAGGGAACCCUUGAGCUUCUUCUGGUUUUGGGGUUCGGAAAUGGGGGAUUUGGAGAAGCAAGAGACAGUGCUCAAGAAGGUGGAGGAGGAAGAAAAGGAGAAAUUUUUGGAGGGAAAUGGGAAGUCUGUGGUCGAUUUCGACGUGCUGUGCUCAACGGUGGCUUUGCAGACCCAAGGCAAGUUGGCGGCCAAGCUGCAGAGCUUUCAUGGUGGAGAAGAAGAUGGAGAUGUUGGGGAUUUGGGUGGCGUCUUCAGGAUGUGGGAAGGCGAAGUCCUUGAUUGCCUCGACGACCGUCGUAUUGCCGUCGAAUCCCUUUGUUGCCCGUGCUAUAGAUUUGGGAAGAACAUGAGUCGAGCUGGUUUUGGUCCUUGUUCGUUGCAGGGAACUCUUCAUUUGAUUCUUGCUGUUCUUGUCAUUCUCAACUGCGUUGCCUUCAUUGUUACCAAGAAGCACUGCUUUAUAUAUUUGGCGGUUGCUUUCACCAUUUCACUAGGAACAUAUUUGGGGUACUUCCGUACACAGAUGAAAAAGAAAUUUAACAUCAGGGGUAGUGAUAGUUCCUUGGAUGAUUGCAUCUACCAUCUUAUCUGCCCAUGCUGUGCAUUAUGUCAGGAAUCCAGGACAUUGGAGAUGAACAAUGUCCAAGAUGGCACCUGGCAUGGUCGGGGUGAUACAAUAUACAUAGGUAGCCUUGGAGAAGGAGGAAAGUCGAUCUUUGAGCUACAACCGCCUCCUAUUGUGUCAAUCAAAUCCCCUGACCCCUGAAGCUUGUAAAAGAGCACAGGUUGUUGUGAAUAUUGAUGAGUUUAAUAAGCUGGGCAUUUACCAUUCCAGAAAGUGGCUACAGCUAUGAUUGGAAGUUGACUUUCGGUUUGAUUUCUUCCCCAAGGAAGGGUUAUCUGCGUUAUGGAAUGCCGGCAUUUUGCAUUCAGGAUUUUGCUGUGGGUUGCCACUGGGAAUUAGAGCUGCUUUGAGUUUCCUGCUCCGCCUUUGUGAUUGCUGUGUUUUCAACUAUGGAAGGUGAUCUGCUCUGGAUGAUUAUUUGAUGAGGAAGAUUUCAUUGAUCUACGUGCAUGAUGAUAACCAUGUAUUUGUACAUGUUACGGGGUUUCUCAGAUUGAUCCCCAUUCUCUAGGAUUUUUUUGGUUGUAAUGUUGUUUAGGUGUAGAACAUGUUAUCAUUAUUGUUAUCGCCGAUCAAUGAAAUGCCGAUUAUAUAUUCCUCAUCA